AUGGGUUCCCAAACCUCGAAGCAGAUAAUAAAACGAAAGUAUCCAUCGCAACAUAUGGCGGUAGCCCAGAAAUUUCCUGAAGCAACACCAGAAGGAACAACAAGUACAAGAGCUAGAGAAACGCGUGAUCAAGCUAGCAUUAAAGAUGAUGAGAAAAACUCUCAACUGCUGAUGAAUUUAUCGGUAAUCGGACAAGUACCGAUAUCAAUAGGCCCAGUCCCGUUGAAGCAGUCCUCGUCCAGUAUAGAAAUACUAAAACACCGAGUCAUGAAUGAAUCAGAUUCCAGUGGCAACCUCGGUCCGAAUCGUCUAAGUGUUCAGAACUUUCGACAGUUCUUGGAUCAGAAAAAGUUGGCUAAUACACCAAUUGAAGAAUUAGGGAAGCAGUUUAAUUUAGACAAAGAAACAGCCGAGAUCUUGAUAAAACACGUCAACACGUUCGUAAUUAUCGAUGAAAAAAUUGGCGUUUGGGUGGACACACAUGGAAACUUUCCUAAAGCUGCAUUAAAAGAAUAA